AUUGCUUUUCUUUGCCGAUGUCUUCCUUGUUCUAUGAAAUAGUAAACUCUCCAUUAAUUUGGAUAUCAGAGUGCCACAUAACUUUUGCCAACGCGAAGGAUUAAAACAUACAUAUAUCCAAGAUCACUGCAUGUGAGGGAGAAGCAUCAGAAGGAGGCAUUUGGUCGGAGGCAGAUUUGUGUGAAUACAUCCAUCCUAUAGCCUCCACGCCCACACAUUUGAGGGGAAACCGCUGCUUCUCACUCGCCUCUUGUUUUGAUCGGUGAAAAACCGAGCGGUGCCUUGCCAUGGCUCUUCUGACCCUGCAUCGUUCGCCGUCCAUCUCCACCGCUCCGGAUGAAAGCAUCCCAAGAAGAGGGAGACUUCAGAAAAGAGAGAGCUUUGCUCUGGUUAAAGGGGCCGUCCUUCUCCUGGAAGAGGGGGAGGGGGAGGGGCCACAUGAAGAGACGUCGCCCAAUCACUCCCCUUCACCCCUGAAGCUGGGGGGCGGAGCUUCAGACACACAGCACAGACAGCUGCACGCCAUGGUGUCACUACUAAGACCAGAGGACACUAUCAAACUGGCGGUGAGGUUGGAGUCGGUGAGUCCAGUCAGGGUACGGUAUCUGAUCAUAGUCUCCACCUUCAGUAACAAACAGGAGAGCAUUCUACUGGGGAUGGACUUCCCCGACACAGACAGAUGUCAGUGUACUAUCGGUCUGGUUGUGCCGGUAUGGAGCGACACACAAGUGUAUCUGGACGGAGAUGGUGGUUUCAGUGUCACAUCGGCAGAAAAGACGAGAAUCUUCAAGCCUGUUUCCAUACAGACUAUGUGGUCAGUGCUGCAGGCGCUGCAUGGCUGCUGCGAGCGGGCAGUGAAGGGGUCAGUGAUCCCAGGCUGUGGGCUGGACUGGGCACAAUACUACUACGGUCAUGUGGAGUCUGACCGCCUCUGUCUCAACGAGUGGGGAGCCAUGACGGGCCUGGAGUCAGUCAGGAGGGACAGUGCCGGGCAGAGCUCGACAGAGAGGGUGUCUGUGGAGCGGCAGAUCAAAGAGGAGCUCCGAGACAUCAUGAGAACAGAAGACCUAGAGAAUAUCACGUCCAAACAGGUCCGCAGUGCCCUGGAGACCAGGAUAGGCAUGGACAUGAAGAACUACAAGGAAUACAUCGACAACGAGAUGAUGGUCACUAUGGCGCAGAUGGACAAGCCCUCCAAAAUAUUUGACUACUUGUUCCUGGGCUCUGAGUGGAAUGCUGCCAACUUUGAGGAGCUACAGAAAAACAAUGUGGGCUACAUCCUGAACGUGACGCGGGAGAUUGACAACUUCUUCCCAGAAUCCUUCAGCUACAUGAAUAUCAGAGUGUACGACGUGGAGGCUACAGACCUGCUGUCACACUGGAAAGACACAUACUCCUUCAUCAACACAGCCAGGCAGAGUGGCCAGGCGGUGCUAGUGCACUGUAAGAUGGGCGUGUCUCGCUCUGGUUCCACGGUGGUGGCCUACGCCAUGAAGCAGCAGCGCUGGCCCCUGGAGGUGGCUCUGUCCUACGUCAGGGAGCGCAGGCCCAUCGUCCAGCCCAACGACGGCUUCAUGAAGCAGCUCCACACCUACAGCGGCAUCCUCAACGCCAGGUUAAUUAACGUGUGUGUGUGUGUGGGUGUAACCUAUCAUAGCCUGUAUGUUUACUGUACCCUCCAUUCCAGUCAGCAGCGCCACAGCGCUCUCUGGAGGUGGAAGUCACGGGCAGAGAAGGAGCAGCGAAAGAUUGAGAGAGCGCAGUCUGCUGCUUCACACAACAAUGAGGAGGAGGAGGAGGAAGAGGAGGAGGAGAGCGAGGAUGAGGAAGAAGAGUUAGAGAGUCCAGAUGAAGUCGAUGAGGCAGAUAUAGAGAUGAAGGUACUUGAAGAGCCUGCCCACAAGUCUGAGACUAACCCAGAAGCUCCACCCACAGAACCGGCUGCUCCAUCCACGGAACCGUCUGUACCCAAUCCCUUCAUCACUGUACAGGUGGCUUCUCACAGCCCCAGUCGCAGUGGCAGGAUGAACCUCUUCUCUCUCAUGCAGUCCAUCAACGAACUGGAAGACGAGGACCUAAGGAAUGAACAGGUAAGAGAGAUUGCCAACAGUCACCGGAGGUCUCCAGGGCAACGGAGGCGGAGUUAUAGACGGAAAGGCCUCAUGCAUCAGAGGGCCCAUGUGGACGUUUCACCCGAGCCAAGCCGCCUAUCGGGACUCAGAAAACUGGAAGGGGCGGGGCCAAGCAAACCUGAGACCGGGGAAGGAGAUGCCAAGACAACGGAGGUGCGGUAAAGAGGAACAGAAGACGAGGCGGCGGGGGAAGGGAAGGAGAAUGAGAAGCCUAGAGGAGACACUAAUAGGACGAGAUUAAAUGUUCUGCCCACUUUCAAGCUAUAAACAUGAAAGAAUUACCCUAAUAUAGUUCUAUACAUCAGACCUUAAGACUCUAACUAUCAUCGUUAUAUUAUAGAUUUUUUAACAGUCAUGCCUUUUGCACAGUAUUUCCUGUUUUGGUUCUUUCAAUGUAGUGGUCACCAACCGAUCGAUCACGAUUGACUGGCUGAUCUUCAAGCCAUUCUAGUCGAUCACCAAACACUGUAAAAAAACACACACACACAAAAAAACAACGAUAAGGCCUUGGAUUCCCCUUUUCUUUUCAUUGUUCUUUUUUUUCUCUCCCUCUAGCACUUUUGACAGUAGGUGCACUUGGAAGGUAAAGUGUUCAUAUUUUUAACCAUUUCGGGAAGGUAAAGUGUUCACAUUUUUAACCAUUUCAUGUGUCUGAAGGUAGAACUCCACUUACUCGGCCGGCCCAGAGAGCAAAUCAAGUGCAGCUAUAGGCCUACCGCUGGCCAAUCGUAUAGCUCAGAUCACCGUGUCUGCAGUGUCCUCGCGCUGUAACAAGACUGUAAGAAGAAGCCUCGAACCCACAGCAAAGUUGAUCAUGUUGAGAUUUAAAAACUUUUAAAAACCAUGACUAAAGGGACUCAACGAAUACAGCAAAGAGCUGCUGUUAGAAUGAGUAUGGGCUCAUUGUAAUGGAAUAAAUGGAAUGGUAUCAAACACAUGGAAAACAAAUGUUUGACUCUGUUCCAUUCCAGCCAUUACAAUGAGCCCAUACUCCCAUAGCUCCUUCCACCAGCCUCCACUGCUGUCAACACUUUGUUCAACCGUUUUAUUAAGACAUAAAAAUGCGUGUUUCGAUAAGCUUGCGUUAUUUUCUGCUCGUCCUUUUUAAUAUAGAGGAAUAUUUCACUUUCUCUGAUCAACAUGAAUUGGUGCUUGAGGCUGAAAUAAUGCAGUGCGACUUAAAUUUCCCCUCAGAUGGAUUAAGACUGUCCCUCUUUCUCAGCGACGAGAGGGUACGCUGCUCCCUUCCUCCCCUCAGACUAACCAUCAGUCCAGUAAAAAAUAUAUAAUGCUCACUCAGCUGUGCCUCAAGUAAUACAACAAAUGAUAUAUUACCCGUGUGAUCAUAUACCUAUAAUGUUGAAAUAUAAUUUAAAAAAUGGUCUGAGAAGAAUAACAUUGGCUGGGCAAUUCAAGGGUCGACAAUAUGCAGUGAUAAUGUUUUGGGCCUAUAGCCUACUGCACAAACUUCAUUGCUACAGAACUGUGUUUAAUUGGUUGUUGCAUAGGCUUAUUUUUGUUUUGUUUUCAUCUGAGCGGUAGAUCUUGGCUUGCAUUUUGACUCAAAGGUUGGUGACCUGUGUUUGUGUAUCACUGUUCACCAAACCAUUUACACGCAAUUGGUAGUGAUGGCUCAUUGUUUUAAUGUCACUGCAGUAUUACGACACCAAUAUGUGUCUGACAAAAAUGUUGUAUUUCUGGUUAAGACUUACCUACGGUCCAUAGAAGUUGGAAUGUGUGUACAUUUUGUCUUCUGAAUUUCAGUACGUAUCAUACCACAUGCACAUGUGGUGUUUGCCCGCCCUCUCUCUCCUCAUGGCACAUCAGUGGUUUAAUGAUAUCUAUGCAAUGAUUCCUUAAAUUCACAGAGAAGACAGAUGGUAGAGGCUGUAUGCUGCCAGUUGGGAUUGUUAUUGUAUGCAUUAAGUGCCAUUCUCUAUUCCUUUAUUGGAUUUUUAAUUACGCACAUACCUGAUCUUUUUAUCGUUUCUGGUAAUGCAUACGGGCCCAAUGAAAAGUGUUCUCGGAUGUUUCAAAAUAGCGGGACAUUCAAAAGUAUUAACUGGGAGAUUAUAAUAUUGAGUGACUGUUGUAAACUGUUAUUCUGGACUAAUCCAAGGGCACCAAACUGUAUGCCAGUGUGUUCCUCUGUGCCAAUCAACUUUGUCCUUGAGUUCAUCUCAAGACGACAUAUUUACUGAGGAUCUUUAGAAAACUUCUACCGUUUAAAAAAACAAAAAAAAUCUCGGGUGUUCAAUUUAUUUGGUGUGUUUUUCUGUCACACUGUCAUUCCACAAAUAGCCUUGCUGUAUGAGUGCCUUGGACGUGGGACCAAAAUAACAGGUCUUUCCCGAAAGACCCUAAAUGAAAGUAUUUAUAAUAUUUACUGUAUAUUGCUAUUUGAGGUGGUGGCAUUAUUUCAUAUUGAUUAAAUGUAUUUAGUUUUGUUCUUUGACUGGGAUGAUGUUAUUGUGCAGUAUGUAGCUACUUGCAUUGAAUGUGUUCCUGUGUGUAUGCUCUGGCUUUGCUGAUUAUGACCAGGUUCAUGCCAUCCAUGUUUUGAACUUUGGGGGGUGUUUAGGGUAGUUUUUUUUUUUUUGUAUGAGUAUUUAUCUAUUUGGGACUUUGAGAGGAUCAAGGUAGAUUCAGCAUUAUGGUGUUUCUGAACUUUCCGCAGUUGACUGGAUGGACCUUCUGUUCUUUAUCGAUCCAAUGAUUUAUUUUUAUUUUUUAAAUGUAUUCAGCUGGCCUUGAUUUGUAUAUUCACCAAUGAUGUUUACACAUUUUUAGGUUGAGCACACUUUCUUUCUAUACUCACAAUUAAACCAUCAUAACAGGUUUCCACCACCACAUCAUGCCAUUGACACUGCCUGAGCCAAUCUCUGCUGUUCUAAGAUCAAAUAGAUAAAUGACCUGUCAUCUAUGGCUGCGUUUACAGCUAUACUGUUUGAGUGAAUUAAUAAAUGAUUAUACUGAAACCAUG